AUACGCACUUUCAAAUAAAACCAAACCACCAACUGUCAACGUAUGUCAUUCAAUAACCUACUCUCGGUCGUGGUUGGUGCGCUUUUUUUCUCUCUGUGUUCUUGAAUUGAAUUAUAUAUUUUUUCUACCCUACAUUAUUCGAGAAAUAUCAAAAAUUUAAUGUUUUUUUUUGAUUGUUUGAUCUGAAAUAAUCAAUAAAAUUCAUAAGAAAUUAACAAAAAACCAAAAUAAUUACCCACUACCAAAAAAUACAAAAAAAAAAUUGUAUUUUUGACAAUUCACUCAAGUGUUUGUGAAAAAUUAAGGCACAGUCAGCAAUCAAUCUUGUCAGCAAACACAAAAUUUUAUUUUGUUUUGUUAUAAACUAAAAAUUCAAUCUUUUAUUUGAUUUUCUGUCUUAAUCCAGUUUUUUUGGUUUCCAUUUUUUGUAUGUGUCUUGUGUGUUCGUCUUCUCGUCAAGUUGUGUGAAUAUCUACAAAAAAAAAAACCAAAAAUUCCUCUCAAGUGACCGUGAAUUGUAUAUUGAGUUGAGUUUCAUAGCAAAAGAAACAACACGCGCGCUCAAUAAAAUUUCUAACAAAAAAAAAAAAAAUAUUUUUUUUUUUUCAAGUGAAUUUGAAAAAAAAAAUAUCCAAAUUGCACAAAGUAAUUUAUUUACUUCAAAAAUAAAUAAAAAUUCCAUCUAAAAGGAAUUGAAAUCAACAAAAAAAAUAUCAAAACACACAGGAAAAAUGAGUGGAUACACGGAUUUAGAUAAAAUCGAAAAUAGUCGAAGCUGCCUUCGACGUAUUGCCCGCCAUGAUGAGCAACAAUUUUCAAAAGACAGUAUUGUUAAUGUGAUGGAGAAGUUUGUUAAAACUGUAAAUCAAAUGGAUGAGACAAUUUUGGUGCCAUGCAGGCUCAUGGAUAGACAGGUUGGCGACUCAACAGAUAUUGUCCAAGCACCAUCAAAAAAUUCCACCUCAAAUCAACUCACAUUAAAUAAUACAUUCGAUUGCAAUGGCAAAGCGCACAAAAAACGUUCCAAGAAUAUCCAUGAGUUCCUCAAUUCAGCUGAAUUAUUUAACUUGUACACUACCUUAAAUUCACUGAAAAAUGAUUUACUCUGGAAUCGUACCGAUGAUAAUGAAGAAGAUGAAGGUAUCAAUCGAUCAGAAGAAAAUUCCAUCAAUAAUGAAUUGAGUAGUAAUUCUGGAUCAACAAAUUCAUUAUCAUCACCAGCUUCAUCAACAUCGUCAUCAAGUAAUACAUCAACAACAAUUAAAGGGCAUGUACGUCGGCCGUCAACAGCUUCAAUGACCUCAACGACAUCUGUGAGCAAUUUGAGUGAUUCAGAAAGUGAAAUCUCAAAUGAAAAUGAUUCCGGUGUUGAAUCGGAGGGUAAUUGUGGAAAUAGUCAGAAGGGUGUUUCAUCAAAAACUGCCAGUACUGAUAAAGCUACCGAAUUGGCAAGGCAAUGUAGAAGACAUUUGGCUGGGCUAUACCAUUGUCUGGAACAAAUGACAGAAGCUUCAAACUACCUGACGGCUAGAUACCAAAAUGAUAUUGGACCCGUUUAAAAAUAUAUAAAUAAAAAUAUUUUAAAAAUAACCAAAAUGGAGUCAACUAGCAUAAAUAUUUUUGUCUAAUUACAAAAAAAAAGACAACAAAAUUAAAGAAAGAAACAAAAAAAUUGGAAAAUAAUAUGAAAACACAGGUUAAAAACGCUGUGUUUUGAAAUAUUUCAUAUUUCAAAAACAUUAAAAAAAUAUAUAAAUAUGAAUUAAGAGUGAGAGACCAAUACUAUCUCUCUUUCUCUCUCUCGCUCUUCUGCCAAAUAUUAUUCUUCUGUUUCUCUUAUUCGCUAUUGUCCUCUCUCUCGUUCUCUUUUGAGAUUUUCUUUCUCUUUCUAACCGAUACAAAUUUUUUUUUGUAAAAAAAAAAAAACAAAUACUAGAGCCACAUUUACCUACACAGCUAUGACAGAUAAAGAUAAAUCUCUAAAAAGUAAAAAAAAAUUGUUUAGAUUCUUUGCACAAAAAAAGAUUAAACAAAAUAAUUAAAAAAAAAAAAGAAUAAAAGAAUCUUAUAGUAAACUUAUGGUUGGGGAAUGUUUUAAGUGAAAUAUUAUUUUUUGGGUGAUUUUCUCUUUCAAUCGUGAGUGAAGAAAAAGACUGAAUGCGUUUGUUUAUAAUUUUAAUGCUUAGAAUAGAAAAUAAAUAAAUAAAAAAAUAUUUUAAUUUUAAUAAAUUAAAUAGUUUUUUAUUUGUUUAAACCGAAUAAUUAAUUCUGUGUGCGGAUAAUUUUUAUUGAUUUAUAUUUUAUUUUUUUAUAUUUGGGUAAAGGGUGGCUCUGGGAAAUUAUAUAUAAACAUAGCAUUCCUAUCUCACAUUGUGAGAUUAUGAUUUAAUAAAUAAAAAAAAAAUUAAUUAAAUCGGCAAAAUUCUUACCAAAAAAAUCUAAAA